AUGGAUUCGUACAAUCACGGUAACAUUAGCAAUAAUGUACUCAACAAUACGUCUGAUACAAGUGAUGGAGAUGUUAUUGAAAUAUUCCCAUUCGAGGAAUAUGACUGGAACAGGGUGAGCAUUUGUGUUUUGUUAAUAUAUUAUUACAUAUGUAUCUGUGAAGGAAAGCUUCGAGCAUCCGUCUCCUGGUUGUUGUCCAAGGCCUACCCCAACGACAUUCCUAAAGAACUGCAAGAUCCGUUCUACCAAACCUCGGACGACCAGCUGAUUCUGCGGCCUGUGAUGGUUAACUUGAUGACUUCAAGUGAGCUCUACUGCCAGGCCUGUAGCAACAUGUUCCCAGAGACGCACACACAGUGGCAAGGCCAUUGGAGCAUCAUCCAGGUGUUGUCCAGGAAAGGCAUCUAUAUCGCUGAUGUCCAAGACACCUCUGUGACAGAAACGGUACUAGUCCAGACUGCACCCUUCAGAUUGAAAGCCCAUUUGGCCUUGAUUGAUGCACUGAUGAAAGCAUACACAUGCGAAGUUGCCAGUGUAGAGAAAGUGGUAAAAGCUGUAAGACGUUUCACGACAUUCCCUGCUUCCAGUGAGCUGCCAGACACUCCAGAAGAAGCCUUGUUGUUUUGGAUCAAUAAAGUUUGCACAGUCCUGAGAACAGAUGGUGUCCACAAAGUCGCCUUGGAGGGGGUCAUUAAAGGAGAAGCCGGGCAGAAAGUGCGUGUUCUGGGAAAAUCCACUUGUUAUCAUGAACCGAUCCAAGUUUCACCUCUGACGGAUCUCAUGAGAGACAUUGGUGACGGAUGCAGCAUUGCAGCUCUUAUCGCUUUCUACAGGCCACAUUUACUCAGUAUAAAAGAUGUUUGCUUGAAGAAGGACAUUGGAAUUGCUGACUCUCUACAUAAUUUACGGCAAAUUAAAAGAUUUUGUCGACACCACCUUCCUGGAAAAUGCUUCCAUCUUUCGUAUGAAGACCUGCUGUAUUCCCAUGAGGGAAUGAGACCUAACAUCAUUGCAUUUCUUGCUGAUCUUUUCUUUUAUUUUGAGGGACCUGGUUCCGUUCAGGAUGCAGACACGGGGCUAAGUGAAGUAAAGCCACUUAGAGAAAAAUCUGAAGUGGUUGCUAGUGCAGGAAAAGUAAUUCCUAGUGUUCCAGUCAGCCUAGUGACCAAGAGAAGUUUCCAGAGGCAGAGCUUGGAAGAAACAGCAAACAACUUGGGCAUGGGGCGUGUUCAUCAGCCUUUGCUUCCCAGACGAGGCAGACGCAGCAUCCCGCAGGAAGAAGCCAGAAUUUCUGGAUCACCUCCGAUUGUUCGAAAAUCUGGCAGAAGAACGUUGUCGUUGUGUUCACCGCAAGAUCGCGACACAGUCCACAAGUCUGUGCUGGCGUGGCAGGAUGAUCAGAAAAUACCCCACAGGUUCACAAGGAACGCCACUUGUGACCCUAACCAUCCAGACUACAUGGAACUGGAGAGUGUCACCACUGGACAGUCUCGCUUCUCAGCCUCUCCACAACAGUACGUUGACCACAGGCAGAGUAAAACACCAGUAGUGUCAUAUACUGACCACAGACUGGAGCCCCUGCUGCCAGCGAUGAUGAGACCAGCCAAGGAAAGAGAGACUGUCAGCAAAGCGCAAGAGAGGGGAGACAG